CCGCCCCCACGAUCGCCACGUCCCUCACGUACAGCUCCGCGGAGAAGCGGCCACCUGGCGGGCCGGGCUCCGGCUCCUCUGGCUGAGCUCGCUCGGCAUGAGGCUGGCGCGGCUGCUGUGCCGAGCCGCCUCGGCCGGCCCCGGCCCGGGGCCGCGCUCCGCCCGCCCGGGCGCCAGCCGCAGCCUCACCUCGGACUCGGGCUCCGGCGUGGCGACGGAAGGCGGCGUUCCGGGCCAGGUGGACUUCUAUGCGCGCUUCUCGCCGUCGCCGCUCUCCAUGAAGCAGUUCCUCGACUUCGGAUCCGUGAAUGCUUGUGAAAAGACCUCAUUUAUGUUUCUGCGGCAAGAGUUGCCUGUUAGAUUGGCAAAUAUAAUGAAAGAAAUAAGUCUUCUUCCAGAUAAUCUUCUCAGGACGCCAUCAGUUCAAUUGGUACAAAGCUGGUAUAUCCAGAGUCUUCAGGAGCUUCUUGAUUUUAAGGACAAAAGUGCCGAAGAUGCUAAAACUAUUUAUGACUUUACAGAUACUGUAAUACGGAUCAGGAACCGUCACAAUGACGUUAUUCCCACGAUGGCCCAGGGUGUGAUCGAAUACAAGGAGAGCUUCGGGGUGGAUCCUGUCACCAGCCAGAAUGUUCAGUACUUUUUGGAUCGCUUUUUCAUGAGCCGGAUUUCAAUUCGAAUGUUACUCAAUCAGCACUCUUUACUGUUUGGUGGGAAAGACAAAGGAAGCCCUUCUCAUCGAAAACACAUUGGAAGCAUAAACCCAAACUGCAAUGUAGUUGAAGUUAUUCAAGAUGGCUAUGAAAAUGCUAGGCGUCUUUGUGAUUUGUAUUAUAUUAACUCUCCUGAACUACAGCUUGAAGAACUGAAUGCAAAGUCACCAGGACAGCCAAUACAAGUGGUUUAUGUACCGUCCCAUCUCUAUCACAUGGUGUUUGAACUUUUCAAGAACGCAAUGAGAGCGACCAUGGAAUUCCAUGCUGACAAAGGUGUUUAUCCGCCCAUUCAGGUCCACAUCACACUGGGCAAUGAGGAUUUGACUGUGAGGAUGAGCGACCGAGGAGGUGGUGUUCCUUUGAGGAAAAUUGACAGACUCUUCAAUUACAUGUACUCUACGGCACCCCGGCCUCGGGUCGAGACGUCCCGCGCAGUGCCCCUGGCUGGUUUUGGCUAUGGACUGCCCAUCUCCCGCCUGUACGCACAGUACUUCCAAGGAGACCUGAAGCUGUAUUCACUGGAGGGCUACGGAACAGACGCAGUGGUCUACAUUAAGGCUCUAUCAACAGAAUCGGUAGAAAGACUCCCAGUGUAUAACAAAGCUGCCUGGAAGCAUUACAACGCCAACCACGAGGCUGAUGACUGGUGUGUCCCCAGCAAAGAACCAAAAGACAUGACAACGUUCCGCAGUGCCUAGGCACACGUGGGAGCCUAGGAAGUCCGAGUGCGGCUUUUGGUUACAUUGGAAGGGAUGGUGUGGAGAACUACAUUAUACCAAGUACUUCAUGUGCCCCUUUCACAACUAUUUGGGUAGAAUAAAUGGAAAGUGAAUUCUAUUUUAUGCCAAUUAAACCUCCAAAAGAAUGAAAUUGUACCUAUUGGACACUUAUAUUUUCACAGCUAAUCAAACAUAUUUUUAAACAACUGUACUUUUGGUCAACUUUUCCCUUUAUGGUAGACUUCAGAAGAGUGUAGUAAGUCUUAGGGUUUCUAUAGGAAGCUGUGUGGUUUUGUAAAAUACUUUUAUGUCUGCUGGAAACAUUUUCUUAAUAAUACCGAUUAGCUAGUUAACCGUUUUUUCUGUUAUUUGGUGGAGUUCUGCCAUCCUUUACUUAGUAGUGGCAACUGUAGUAAGACGCUCUUCAAUUUUACCAGUGACUAAAUACAAGUAAAUCAGAAACAGUUGUCCUGUGAGCAUGGAACCAGCCUCCUUAAAGCUUCUACACAUGCAUUGUCUUAGCUCUGAAGUUAACUUGUCAUCUUAAAAUUUUAUUGCAAAGGGUUAUAAUGACUAGUUCCCUGUGGAUCUAAGCCUAGGUCAUGGGCAGUCUAUUUUGUGCUUGCAAUUAAUGUAAGGAGAAACUUUUGUGCUAAAACAAACUAGCAGCUGCCAACAUUCUAGAAAAGAAAUUGUGAGCAAACCAGUGAGUCCCCAAUACUGAACUAUCAAUUGUUGAGAUUACCUGGGAGAGCUUUUGAGAAACAGAGCUUUUCUGGGCCCUACUCCAGACAUGCUGAAUUAGAUUCACUUAACCGCUCCUACGUGAGUCUGAUGCAUUACCUAGUUAGAUAAACAUUCUUUUUUUUUUUUUUAUCUUCACUCAAGGAUGUGUUUACUGAUUUUUAGAAAGAGAGGUAGAGAGGAAAAACAAAACACUGAUGUGAGGGAGAAACAGCUGUCAGUUGCCUCCCACACGCAUUCUGACUGGGGAAUCUAACCUGCAACCUAGGUGUGUGCCCGGAUGGGGAAUCGAACCCACAACCUUUUGCUGUACAGGCUGAGCUCCAGUCAGAGCAGGAACGAUUCUAAAGUGAGUAAUGAUACUACCACAUUUACUCAAGUAACAGAAAUCUUUAGGUUUUGGUUUAUACCUAUCCAAAGGUCAGUCUUUUAGACUCCAGGAGACACCCUCUGAGUCUCAAGUCUGUUGCCAUUAGAAGCAUAAUUUGAAGCAGGGGACAAAACUACUGGAGUACAGUACAAACCAGAAGGAUCAGAACCAUAAAUGCACAUCUUGACAAAGAACAAACGUUUUAAAAGAAACAUCUAGACUUUGUUAUCAGAAAAAAGUCAAUUUGGGCUUAUCACAGAAAUCUUUUGCAUUUCGUCUACAGAUACUUUGGUGUAACACAUUAUGGUAACUCUGUUGGGCUUUAGAACAGAGGCUGUGCAGGUGGUACCGCCCCUGGGUGGAGGUGAGGGGUGUGGCCCAGAGCUGCGCAGGGUGGAGCCGUACCCCGGGCUGUUCUGCUGGUCCCUCCACCAGCCGCCACUUGGGGACCCUGGGAAGUUAGGAGUUUAGUUGUCCCUCAUCUUUUAAGGUGGCAGGGAAAUACAUUGAAAAUAAAUUUUAUCAGUAAGAGUUUAAAUGUUGAAGAACAGCUUUAGUACUUAAACGGGGGGGGGAGUCUUUAUCUGGAAAAUACGUUGAGUUGAAACACCUCAUUCUCAAAAGGAUUACAUAAACUUAAUAAUUAUAUGUACAUUUGUAAAUUGGGAGGGAUGUUGGAGGGCAAUUAGUCUAACCCUGAUUUGAGAGAUAAUGAUCCGAGAUUCGGAGUGGGUGGUUUGCACCGGGGCUUUUAGCUAAAAUAACCAAAUGUUGGAAACAGAUCUUUUACCUAACCUAUUCUUUUACUAUGGAUUUGGUGAAAAACGAUAGGAUAUGCUAAUUCGUUAUUUUAUUCAGUGUGUUACAGUCUUUUAAUUUUUAAGUACGAUUUUCUGUCGUGGAGGUCAGCGGUGGCUUUGACAAGACAGGCUCGUCAAGUUCUGGGCACCUGUGGCCAGCAGCAUUGGGGGUUGGGGAAGGAGGCGACCACUGCCACACCACCGAUUCGGUUCAGGUUCUAACACGGUCCAGAGCCCUCGCCCUCCCCACCAGGCCCCGCCGACUUUCUACGGGAAUGCACCUCACCUGAGAUCCCUCCGCCGUUUUGGUCGAGCCUCUACUGCGGCUGCGUGGGCGCCUCUGCUGGAGUCUGAUUAGGGGAAGCAAAAAAGUAGUUCAAACGGGCGGAGGAAGGUGGUGCUUGUUGUACCUGGGAGCCUUGCUCACUGCCACACCGUUGCUCCCAGGACCUCAGGAAAAAAAAUAAAUACUACUCUUGUAAUAUUUUGGAAUCGUUUGAAAUCAAAAUAUCCACUUUCCUAAAUGAAACAUUUGUACAACUGACAUAAUGGAUGUUUUUUACUUAUGAAAGACUACCCCUACCCCCAAAUUUAAAGUUUUCCUUCUUUAUUUAAGGGUUAAGAAAUUAUGUUUUACAGGAAAAGUGAAAUAUUUUGCUUUAGCUUCUUUUUAAGGUAUAAUGACUCUUUUACCUUGUCAUUGUGGUAAUGGACAGGAAAUUACAUACAAAAAUAUUUGGGGGAAAGAGUUUUGCUAGUUGGUUUUAAAUCAUUAAAACCUGAAUUAUUUUUAGAUUUCUACAUUCUUUUACCCACCAGCAUUUAAUGUGAUGCUAUGUAGAUAUAAAAGUAUACUGAAGGAUAAUAAUUAAUAUUACAUGAUUUUUAUAACCUGGGCAUUUAAUGAACAUGCCAACAUUUUUUAGGAGGAAUUGCAAAAAUAUUCUGCACUAUACUUAAAAUACUGGCUGGCUUUAGAGAUCGUCCUAUUCAAUAGCAAUCACUUUCUUGCACUGUGAAGUUUUUUAUGUUAUGAUGUUGAAGUCUACCAUAUUAUUUUAUAAAAUAUUUUGUGAAUGGCAAUAAACUGAAAACAUAAAUCAA